AUGGACGACGCCAAGAGCACUGAGCGACGAGGGAGAGGAAACCCUCCCCUCUGUCCUCAGAUAGUGCCCCCUCGUCGCCGAUAUGGUGUCCGAUGGGCUCUGCCUCUCUUAGCGGCGACUAUGACCUUUAUGCUCUGGCCAGUCCCGUUGCCUUUGCCAAGAGCUGCGCCAGUUUCAACUCUUCCGUUCAGCUGGGACCAGCUCAUUCCCUCCUCGUCGCUGGACUAUUAUAGCUGCGGCGAUGGGUUUCAAUGUGCCCGGCUUGAGGUGCCAAUGGACUACAAUCGUACAGACGGAAAGAGUCGCAAAUUCGCACUGGCGGUUGCGCGACUGCCAGCACGGGUUCCAGUGACAGAUCCCAGGUACGGCGGGGCUAUUUUGAUCAAUCCAGGCGGUCCCGGUGGUCCUGGCACUCUGCAAGCAUUUGUGUCCGGUCGCGAUCUCCAGAAGAUUGUAGAUGCGGAGAAUGACCCGACCGUGUUUCCGCCGUCCGGUGGCACCGCAGACAAGUACUUUGACAUAAUUGGGUUCGACCCACGUGGAGUGGGUGCCACUACACCCGCAGUAGUGUGUUUCCCUGAUGCCGUCUCUCAGCGGAAUUGGGAGCUGCAGCUCGAGGCAGAGGGCAUGUUGGGGAGCUCCGCGGAUGCUCUUCACCGGAAUUGGCAACGAACUAUGGCACUGAACACAGGAUGUUCUACCACCGACCUGUUCGGCGAGGACGGCGAGGAGGCGAUGAUGGCCCACCUCAACACACCCUUGGUCGCCCAGGAUAUGGCGACGAUCAUCGAGCGCCAUGGUGAGUGGCGUGGGCUGCAAGGCCAAAAAGCGCAGCAGAUCCAUGACCAAUGCCAUGGAUACGACGAAAUGCGCGAAAUUGAACGCCGAACUCAGUGGCACCAAGGCCAGGAGCAGCUGCUGUACUGGGGGCGGUCGUACGGCACGGUGCUGGGCACGACCUUCGCUGCCCUCUUCCCGGAGCGGGUCUCUCGGGCCGUUCUCGACGGAGUUGUGAAUAUGGACACUUACUACGAGGGCCGGGGGCCGAAUGCCGUGGUCGACGCCGAUGCCAUCUUCGACCGCUUCGCCGAGUACUGCAAUACCGUCGGUUGGGAGCGGUGCCCGAUGUAUGUCCCCGGCGGGCCUGAAACCAUCAAGCAAAAGUACCAGUCGCUCGAGGCGAGUGUCCUCAAUCUGUCAAUGCCCGUGCCAGCAUCGGGAACGCGUGGGCCAGAAGUUGUAACAUGGACCGACAUGAAAGCCCUACUGCGGGUUGCGGUUUACCAGCCGCUACUGGCAUUCUCCGUCUUUGCCCACCACAUGAGUGAACUUGCAAGAGGCAAUGCAGCGCCGCUGGCGGACUUUAAGCACAGCAAGCACUUUGGAGUGUGUCCGUCAGAGGACUGUAUUCGCGCCGGACCGUGGUCGCCGGCGUGUGCCCGCGGAGAAAACAAUGGGCCGUAUGCGAGUGCGGCAAUCCUCUGCUCGGAUGGAGAAUUCCUAACCCAGCAGAAUCAGGACGAUUUCGAGGUUACUUGGAACGGACUGAGGGCUGACAGUGCGGUCCUGGGAGACUAUUGGGCCACGAUUCACUUGUCCUGUGUUGGAUGGCAGACCAGGGCAAAACAGAGGUUUUUAGGUCCUUGGGGCGGACAUACCGCACAUCCAAUCCUAUUUGUGUCGAAUACUCUGGAUCCAGUGACAUCGCUUCGCAGUGCACAUCACAUGUCUCAGCAAUUCCCCGGCUCUGUUGUGCUGCAGCAAGAUUCAGAAGGGCAUACCACUCUCGCCGCGCCAUCACUAUGCGUCGCGAAGGGGAUUCGCAAUUACUUCCAAACCGGAAUAUUACCCGAGCCAGAAACGCUGUGUCAGGCUGACUUGAAGCCUAUGGGCGAACCCGAUCAGGCCAGUGCAUUCAGCGAUGGUCUUGAGCCCGCCGAUCGCGACCUCUUUGCUGCGCUUAUGGCGGAGGUGACCCGAGGUCACUGGGCUGGGCUUCCUUUAUAA